CGUGCCCGCGAACCAUGGCCCAGCCCGGCGCGGAGGCGCUGCCGGGCCCCGAGACACCGGUGCAGAUCCGCGUCGCCAUCCAGGAGGCUGAGGACGAGGACGAGGAUCUGGGGGCGGAGCUGCGCGACGCGGGCGGCCGGGCCCGGUACCUGAGCCCCGGCUGGGGCAGCGCGGGAGAGGAGGAGCCCAGCCGCGGGCACAGUGGUACCACGACGAGUGGGGGCGAGAACGAGGGAGAGGAUCUGGAGGAGGCGUGGAAGCCCCCAGACCAGGAGCUGGUGCGGAAACUGGUGGAGCAGAUCGAGUUCUAUUUCUCGGACGAGAACUUGGAGAAGGACGCCUUCCUGCUGAAGCACGUGCGGAGGAACAAGCUGGGCUUCGUGAGCGUCAAGCUGCUCACCUCCUUCAAGAAGGUGAAGCACCUCACUCGGGACUGGAGGACCACAGCGCAUGCCCUACAGUUCUCAGGGACCCUGGAGUUGAAUGAGGACCACCGCAAGGUGCGGAGGACCACCCCAGUCCCACUCUUUCCCAACGAGAGCCUCCCCAGCAAGAUGCUGCUGGUGUACGACCUGCACCUGUCCCCCACACCCUGGGCCUCGGCCGCUCCCCAGAAGAAUGGACGGCUGCAGGAGAGGGUCAUGGAGCACCUCCUCAGGGUCUUCGGGACUUUCGGGGUUCUCUCGUCUGUGCGGAUCCUCAAGCCCGGAAGAGAUCUGCCCCCGGACAUCCGGAGGAUUGGCAGCCGCUACAGCCAGGUGGGCACCCAGGAGUGCGCCAUUGUGGAGUUCGAGGAGGUGGAGGCGGCCAUCAAGGCCCACGAGUUCAUGAGCACAGAGGGCCAGGACGGCAUGAAGGCCAUCCUGAUUGGCACGAAGCCGCCCAAAAAGAAGGUCCUUAGAGACAGGAACCCCGGUGACGAGGCCCCUUCCAACACCUUCCUCCACAAGUCCCCUAACAAGAGGGUGGAAGAGCUUCAGUACGCGGGUGAUGAGUCCUCUGCCAACAGCUCCUCAGACCCCGAGAGCAGCCCCCCGUCCCCCAUGGCUGGCCGGCGGCCUGUGGUGGCCAAGCUCAGCCCCUCGAGCCACCAGAGCCUCUUCCUGAGCCCGAACGCUUCCCCGUGCUCCAGCCCCUGGAGCAGCCCCUCCGCCCAGCGCAAGGGUGUUUCCAGAAAGUCACCCCUGGCUGAGGAGGGCAGACUGCAGGCCAGCAUGAGCCCCGAGGGCGGCCGCAAGGGCGCCGAUUACUCCUCCGACAGCAGCAUCACCCCCUCGGGCAGCCCCUGGGUGCGCAGGCGCCGCCAGGCCGAGAUGGCAGCACCCACACCAGAGAAGAGCCCGGGAGCCAGCCCCCUGCUCUCCAGGAGGAUCCAGACGGCCGAUGGCUUGCCUGUGGGGGUGCUGAGGCUGCCCCGAGGCCCCGACAACACACGUGGCUUCCAUGGUGGCCAGGAGCGGAGCAGGGCCAGCGUCUAGAUAUCAAACCAGCCUUGCUUUCCAGGGUUCUGACAUGGGGGAGGGAGGGGCUCGGCGGGAGACCUCGGAAUUUAUACAUCUGUCACUCAGGCCGUCUGGCAUGGCGACUCUUCCGAGUGAGUG